AUGUGUUUAGGAUUUUUAAGUUUUUAUCAAUAUGAAGGAUAUCCAGUUAUCAUUUUAAAUAAUAGAGAAGAAGAAGAAACUAGACCAACAAUAUUAUUACAUGAAUGGGAAAAUAUUAAUAAUGAUAAUAUAAAAAUUUAUGGUGGUAGAGAUCAAAUUGGUGGUGGAACAUGGUUAGCAGUUAAUAAUAAAGGUAAAUUUUGUAUGUUAUUAAAUUCAUACUAUAGAAAUGAAGAAUGCUUUUUACCAAAAUCAACAUCACCAAAUCAUGGUAAAAUGAGUAGAGGUGCAAUAGUAUAUGAUUACUUAAUCGACGAUAAUACAUCACCAUUCGAUUAUAUUCAAAAAAUUGAAAGGCAAAGAAACAAUUAUCAACCUUUUAAAAUUAUAGUUGGUAAAAUUAAAUCAAAUGAAAAUAAUAAUAAUAAUAAUAAUAAUAAUAAUAAUAAUAAUAAUAAUAAUAAUAAUAAUAAUAAUAAUAAUAAUAAUAAUAAUAAAUUUAUUGUUGACGAUAACUACAACAACAACCACAAUAAUAAUAAUAAUAAUGACGAUAGUGUAGCUUAUUAUUAUAAUAGUCAUUUUAUACCACCAAAUUUUAAUGAAGAUGGACAUAUUGAUGAAAAUAUUUCAACCUAUCCAAGUUUAUUAAAAUCAAUUGAAAAAGGUACAUUAUUUGGUGUUUCAAAUUUCCCAAAUUCAAUUAGUCCAGAAAGAAAAGUUAAAGGUAAACAUUUAUUAGAAACUAAAUUAAAUUCAAUAUUUAACAUUGGUCAAGGUGGUGAAGUAAAUAAAAAAGAACAGCAGCAACAACAACCAAUCAUAUUGAAUGAAAAAGAAGAGAAUGAAAUAAUAGAUAUAAUGUUAUUGAAAACAGUUGAAAAAGAAGCACCAGCACCAAUGGAACAUGUUAAUACUUCUUCAAUUUUUGUACCACCAUAUACUUCUCAAUUUUCAAAUAAAAUACGUUCAACAGUUUCAACUUCAUUAAUAACUUUUCAAAAUAAUAAUAAUAAUAAUAAUAAUAAUAAUAAUUUAACAACAACAACAACAACAAAUGAUAAUAAUAAUUUAUUAACUUUUAUUCAAAUUGACCAUAUUCAAAAAAAGAAAAAUAAAAUUAAACAAGCAAUAAUAUAA